AUGAAGGUUCUGGAUACGGCAGUGGAAGUGGAGGAUCUUCCGGUGGCAGAGGAUUCUCCGGAGGAAGUGGAGGAUCUUCCGGUGGCAGAGGAUUCUCUGGAGGUGGCGGAUUCUCUGGAGGAAGUAGAGGAUUUUCCGGAGGGGGAUUCUCCGGUGGUGCAAGAAGAAAGUGGUCCACCGCCAAGUAUUCCUCCACCAAGAAUCGACCACAACAUCCUAUUUGUUCGCGUUCCUGAGAAGGGAGCAGCACCUGAGCCAAUCAUCGUUCCUCCACCAAGGCAACAGAGCGUGGUGUACGUCCUGAACAAGGACGAUGGAGGAGGAGGACAGCAAGUGAUCGAAGUGACAGUUCCUCCACCAUCCAACCCUGAGGUUUACUUCGUCAACUAUGCUGAAGGAGAUAACCCUCAACUGCCCAUUGGAGUUGAUCUCCAGACUGCUCUCCAAGCGGCUGCCAACGGCGGAGGACAAGUCAUUGGCGGAGGCGGAGCAGGAGGAUUUGGCGGUGGUUCCGGUGGCGGAUUUGGCGGUGGUUCCGGUGGUGGACUUGGCGGUGGUUCCGGUGGUGGAUUUGGCGGUAGUUCCGGCGGCGGAUUUGGCGGUGGAUCUGGUGGCGGAUUUGGCGGUGGAUCUGGUGGCGGAUUUGGCGGUGGUGCAGGAGGAGGAUUUGGCGGUGGUGCAGGAGGCGGAUUUGGUGGUUCGGGAAGUGGAUUCGGUGGUGGCUCAGGUGGUGGAGUUGGCGGUAGCUAUAGCCCUCCAGCCCCCUCAAAUGCCUAUUCUGCACCAUAA